AUGGAGGUCGGCAAGGUUGCCGCCUCCAUUGUUGUUAGCUUGACUCAUGAGGAGAGAGAAGGAGAGAUGAGAGUGAGAGAGAAGAUGUUGACAACGAUGGAGGAGGGGAGGGGGCCACAGAGGAUGGAUGAUGGAGGUGGCAACGUUGCAGUGGAAGGCAGCACCGGUCGGAAAGAUAAAUGGUUUUUUUUCUUUAAAAAAGAGAAAUGGGAAGAGAAGGAUAAGAUGAGAGAGAGUCGGCGGUGGGAAAAGAAGAGAGAGGUCAGUUUGAGUCAGGGGUGGUUGUGGUUAUAG